AUGGGGACGCACCCAGUCGUUACAGAAAUCCCAAUAUUUUCCAGGAAAACUCUGAGCGCCUUGGCCUUCUCGCCUGACGGGAAGCUCAUCGUCACCGGAGAGAACGGGCACCGACCGGCUGUCCGCGUGUGGGAUGUGGAGGAACGGGCGCAGGUCUCGGCGUUGCACGGUCACAAGCACGGCGUGGCUUGCGUCGCCUUUUCCCUCAGCGCCAGGUAUCUGGUGUCCGUGGGGUACUCCCACGACAUGGCCGUCAACGUUUGGGAUUGGAAGAAAGGUUCCCUGGUGGCCUCAAACAAAGUCUCCUGCAAAGUGACGGCCGUGGCCUUCUCCGAGGACAGUUAUUUCGUCACCGUAGGGCACCGCCACGUCAAAUUCUGGUUCCUGGACUCAUCGAGGGAGCUGAAGAUCAACGAGACGGUGCCGCUGGUGGGACGCUCGGGCUUGCUGGGCGAAUUUCACGACAACGUUUUUUGCGGCGUGGCCUGCGGCCGGGGGCCGGCGUCGGGCAGCACCUUCUGCGUCUCCUCCUCGGGAUUGCUCUGCCAGUUCAACGAGAAGCGGGUGCUGGAAAAAUGGAUCGUUCUAAAGGUCCCGCUGGCAAAUUGCCUCUGCCUCAGCGAGGAGCUGAUCUUUUGCGGCUGCGCCGACGGCACCGUGAGGAUUUUCCAAGCUGGUGACAUGCGUUACCUGACCGAUCUCCCCAAACCUCAUCCCCUGGGCGUGGACGUCAGCCAGGCUCCCCCACCGAGGCAUCCAGAUCUGGUUUACCCCGACACCAUCGCCUUGGCCUACGACGCCUGCAACCGUUGGCUGUCCUGCGUCUACAAAGACCACAGCGUCUACAUCUGGGACGUCGGGGACCUGCGGAACGUCAGGAAGGUGUGGUCAGAUCUUUUCCACAGCUCCUUCAUCUGGAGCGUUGAGGUGUACCCCGAAUUCGAGGAGCAGAGAUCCUGUCUGCCUCCCGGUUCCUUCCUGACGUGCUCCUCAGACAACACCAUCCGCGCCUGGAACCUGGAAAACGGCUCCGCACCUCCAGUCCAGGCCAACGCCUACAGCACGGUACAACACNNCCAGGACUCCUCCAUUGCCCCUGACCGAAGCGAGACCGUGAGUCACCUCGACGUCAAAUCCGGGGUGCGGGUGAUGCAGGUCAGCCCCGACGGGGAGCAUUUGGCAUCAGGGGACAGAGGAGGAACCCUCAGGAUACACGAGCUGCAGUUCAUGCAGGAGGUGGCUAAAGUGGAAGCUCACGAUUCCGAAGUUCUUUGCUUGGAGUAUUCAAAGCCGGAGACCGGAACGGCGCUGCUGGCGUCGGCAAGCAGGGACAGGCUGAUCCACGUCUUGAACGUCGACAAGAACUACAAGCUGGAGCAAACCUUGGACGACCACUGCUCCGCGAUAACGUCAGUUAAAUUCGCUGGCAACGGGGACGUUCAGCUGAUCAGCUGCGGCGCCGAUAAAAGUAUUUAUUUCCGCAACGCUCAGAAGCUCCCAGAUGGCUUCAAUUUCGUUAGGACGCAUCACGUCGCCGAGAAAACCACCCUGUAUGACAUGGACAUCGACAUCACGCAGAAAUACGUCGCCGUUGCUUGUCAGGAUAGAAACGUCAGGGUGUACAGCACGGCCAGUGGGAAGCAAAAAUGCUGUUACAAGGGUUCACAAAGCGAUGACGGCUCCUUGUUGAAGGCAAGAGGAGUGAUUUCCACCACGCGUUGGCCCCCGGGACCCCAAGUGGUCCUUGAAUAUGACUGCAAGCACCUCAUCACCGUCUCAGGGGACAGCUGCAUCUUUAUUUGGCACCUGGGCCUUGAAAUCACCAGCAGCAUGAAGCAGCACUUGCUGGAGCUCGACUCGCUGCAGCCAAAACGGGUGAAGGAGCCCGGUGCCCCGGUGCAGCUCAGGCGGGAGACCUACGUCACCAUCCCCAGCGGGACGGCAGCUCCCGGUGGUGUUUCCGAGGAGGAGGAGGAGGAGGAGCAAGAUGAGGCCUUGCCCCUGCAGACCCCCUCCAAGGAAGACUCAGAGCCGCCUCCGGCGUGCAUCCUAACCAACGGCAGGCUGCCCAUGUGGGCCAAGAGGCUGGUAAGUCGCGCCGCCGCACCAAGAAACAUCAUUUAAUUUAAUUUAAAUGAAAUUAAUUUAAACGCAGCCUUUGCUCCAUCUCCACCCCAUCUCCUCUCUCUUCCCCCCUGCCUUUUCCAGCUGGGAGAGGUGGAGGAAGGGGACGGAGUGACCGCCAGCCCUCCGGGGAGCUACCGGCCGCGGGGGCGAUGGGCAGAGCGCGCCGAGAGGGGCCCCAUCAAGAUUUUGCCGGAGGUUGAGCCCCCCUACUUCACCCCUUUCAAAGGCGACGCCAAACUUGAACCCGGCAGCCUGGAGCGCCUGCUUUCAGAGGUCGGUUUGCUCCCGCUCCGGUUUUAACCAUCCCUGGAGACCCCGCCCUGUCCACCAGAUCCCAUCUUUCGGGGAAAAAUCCAGCUAUGGACAUCAGCUCCCCGUCUCCGGCAGGCGGAGAGCUCUCCCGGCGAUCCCACCGAAGACUUCCAGCUCUGCGAGCUCUUCCCGGAGAAGGAAACCAAUGGGGGACUGGAAUCGGCGGAUACAAGCGGGAGCAGCCUGGAGGAGCCGAGCGUGCCGGCGGGGAGCAGGUCAGUGCCAGCCGGAACCAGCGGCCGGGCGGAGAAGGAAGCACCGCGGUUCACGACCGCUGUUAAGCCAAGCUUUGCCUGUUAGUUCAGGCUUUGCUUAACGCCACAGCACCAAUUCCCACCUCACGCCAAGCUCCGCCGCGCCUUCCUCCCCCUCACAGAUUUGCCCUUCAAGCCAAAUUUCAGAGGAUUUCGGCAACACUGGGCGGGACAGGGCUCCCUUGCUUGCGCCAAACCUCCAAUCCGACCGCUAAAUCCCCGUCAGGGUCGGAGGAGGGAAACAUUUUGGGCGUGACUUUGUCCUAACCGAACGCGGGUGUGCGCAUCCCGGCUCGGAGUGGUGGCAGACGCGGCGUCAUCCGGUGGCUCAGCCGGCACCAACUCUCCCCCCCCCCCCCCCCCCCAACAAGGCAGCGUGUGAUGGAGCUACCGCUGCGCCCCGCGUACCCGGAGGAGCUCAGGAUCGGCCGGGAGGAUGCCUCGUCCCGCGUUUUGCUCUGCCUGGGAACGCCGAUGCCUCGUUACCAGCCGGAAGGUAAAACGCCGGGAAUGCGGUCAGGGUGCCGGGAAUGCGCCGGCAGCAACGGCUUUGCCA